CGUCCGCGAUCUCAAACCAAACACAAGAAUUGGCGUGUGACUCAUCUGCUUGGAUACCUCCAGUCCCCAAACUGUGUUCCAGGAGUUUUCUUGGCGGAAGCUGCCCGAUGUUUGAGCCUUUUCUUCCCAGAGAAGAAGAUGGACUGAAAGCUGCCAGUUGGGGACUUUUUGUGAUCAGGGCGCUGCUGGGUUUUAAAGGAGGUGAUGGGGCUUGCGCUGGCUUGUCUUCCCACCCAAGUGAAGAGUUGAUGUUCACUGGUUAUGCUUAGACAAUGUGCAGUUUGUGUUAAUUUAAAAUUUUGGGUGGGAUAGGGGGAUAGGCUUGUGAAGGGCAGUCCGGAUCCAGAGGAACUCCUCUUUGUUCCUGGUAGGAGAGACACCCCCAGUCUAUCCUCGAUGCCGUCAGCCUUGGCCAUCUUCACUUGCCGCCCGAACUCGCACCCGUUUCAGGAGCGUCAUGUCUACCUGGACGAGCCCAUCAAAAUCGGCCGCUCAGUGGCCCGCUGUCGACCAGCGCAGAAUAAUGCCACUUUUGAUUGCAAAGUGCUGUCAAGGAACCACGCUCUCGUCUGGUUUGAUCACAAGACGGGCAAGUUUUAUCUUCAAGACACUAAAAGUAGUAAUGGUACUUUUAUAAAUAGCCAGAGAUUGAGUCGAGGCUCUGAAGAAAGUCCACCAUGUGAAAUUCUUUCCGGUGACAUUAUCCAGUUUGGGGUAGACGUGACAGAGAAUACACGGAAAGUUACCCAUGGGUGUAUUGUUUCCACAAUAAAACUUUUUCUACCAGAUGGUAUGGAAGCCCGGCUCCGCUCAGAUGUCAUCCAUGCACCAUUACCAAGUCCUGUUGACAAAGUUGCUGCUAACACUCCAAGUAUGUACUCUCAGGAACUAUUCCAGCUUUCUCAGUAUCUACAGGAGGCCUUACAUCGGGAACAAAUGUUGGAACAGAAGUUAGCCACGCUUCAGCGGCUACUAGCCAUCACCCAAGAGGCUUCAGAUACCAGUUGGCAGGCUUUAAUAGAUGAAGAUAGACUCUUAUCACGGUUAGAAGUUAUGGGAAACCAAUUACAGGCAUGCUCCAAAAAUCAAACAGAAGAUAGUUUACGAAAGGAACUUAUAGCAUUACAAGAGGAUAAACAUAACUAUGAGACAACAGCCAAAGAGUCCCUGAGGCGGGUUCUUCAGGAGAAAAUUGAAGUGGUUAGAAAACUUUCAGAAGUUGAGCGAAGUCUGAGUAAUACUGAAGAUGAAUGUACCCAUCUGAAAGAAAUGAAUGAAAGGACUCAGGAAGAAUUAAGAGAAUUAGCCAAUAAAUAUAAUGGAGCAGUUAAUGAGAUUAAAGAUUUAUCUGAUAAAUUAAAGGUAGCAGAGGGAAAACAAGAGGAAAUCCAACAGAAAGGACAGGCUGAGAAAAAAGAAUUACAACAUAAAAUAGAUGAAAUGGAAGAAAAAGAACAGGAGCUCCAGGCAAAAAUAGAAGCUUUGCAAGCUGAUAAUGAUUUCACCAAUGAAAGGCUAACAGCUUUACAAGUACGGUUAGAACAUCUUCAGGAGAAAGCUCUUAAAGAAUGCAGCAGCUUAGAGCACUUGCUUUCAAAGAGUGGCGGGGACUGCACUUUUAUUCAUCAAUUCAUAGAAUGCCAGAAGAAGCUGAUCGUCGAAGGGCAUCUAACCAAAGCAGUAGAAGAAACAAAGCUUUCAAAAGAAAAUCAGACAAGAGCGAAAGAAUCUGAUUUAUCAGAUACUCUGAGUCCAAGCAAGGAAAAAAGCAGUGACGACACUACAGACGCCCAAAUGGAUGAACAAGACCUAAAUGAGCCUCUUGCCAAAGUGUCCCUUUUAAAAGAUGACUUGCAGGGUGCGCAGUCAGAAAUUGAGGCAAAGCAAGAAAUACAGCAUCUUCGAAAGGAAUUGAUUGAAGCCCAGGAGCUAGCUAGAACAAGUAAACAAAAAUGCUUUGAACUUCAAGCUCUUUUGGAAGAAGAAAGAAAAGCCUAUCGAAAUCAAGUUGAGGAAUCCACUAAACAAAUACAGGUUCUUCAAGCCCAGUUGCAGAGGUUACACAUCGAUAUUGAGAAUCUCCGGGAGGAGAAGGACAGUGAAAUCACAAGUACUAGAGAUGAAUUGCUUAGUGCCCGAGAUGAAAUUUUGCUCCUUCAUCAAGCAGCAGAAAAGGCUGCCUCUGAGCGGGACACUGACAUUGCUUCUUUACAACAAGAGCUUAAGAAGGUGAGAGCUGAGCUUGAGCGGUGGCGGAAAGCAGCGUCUGAAUAUGAGAAAGAAAUCACAAGUCUGCAAAACAGUUUUCAGCUUAGAUGUCAACAGUGUGAGGACCAGCAGAGAGAGGAAGCAACAAGGUUGCAAGGUGAACUAGAGAAGUUGAGAAAGGAAUGGAAUGCAUUGGAAACUGAAUGCCAUUCUCUAAAAAGGGAAAAUGUUUUGCUAUCAUCAGAACUGCAACGGCAAGAAAAAGAAUUGCACAAUUCUCAGAAGCAGAGUUUAGAGCUUACCAGUGAUCUCAGCAUCCUUCAAAUGUCUAGGAAAGAACUUGAGAAUCAAGUCGGAUCCUUAAAAGAACAGCAUCUUCGGGAUUCAGCUGACUUAAAAACUCUUCUCAGUAAGGCUGAAAACCAAGCAAAGGAUGUACAGAAAGAGUAUGAAAAGACACAGACUGUACUCUCAGAACUGAAGUUGAAGUUUGAAAUGACUGAGCAGGAAAAGCAGUCAAUCACAGAUGAGCUCAAACAGUGUAAAAACAACCUGAAGCUGCUCCGAGAGAAAGGAAAUAAUAAACCCUGGCCCUGGAUGCCCAUGUUGGCUGCCCUGGUUGCAGUAACAGCCAUCGUGCUGUACGUGCCAGGUCUGGCCAGAGCUUCUCCAUGAGAGCGUUCCUUGAGUCCGUACACCGUCCUCCCUCUAGAAGCUGGCAUCACACUCAUGCUGGGGACAAACAGAACCAUUUUCUUCCUCUUUACCUCUUAAAACAGCAGAAGUACAAGAAUACAGCUGUAGGGUCAUUGCUUUAAAUUAUAUAAAAUGUAUCUGUCUAUAAAGAAGAUAUAAAAUUGUGACUUUAUUCUACUGUAAGCAAUAAUUUGCUUGCAAUUUUUCAUGUAAUUUUUAAAUUAGUAUGUUGAGAUUCUGAAUAUUAUGGUGGCCUAAAGUAGGCUUCUUGGUACACCAGAUUAUUUAUAACAUUAAAUUUAUGAGUAUUUUACUCUGAAUUCUGAUGGCCAGAUAAUUCAUUUUUCUGAUUCGAUAACUACCCAAACCAAACAACCAAUACAUACAUGGGAAGAGCGGCCCUGUGUGCUCAGUGCCUAUCAGUUCGAAAUAUAUACACAUAUAUAUAUAUUUUUUACAUAUUUACGCCAUUUUUACUCAUUAUAAAACCACUGAGCUAUUGGGAACAAGACUUAGAGACAACUAUUUGCGUGGAUUUUUUUUUUAAGGAAAAAUACAUUUGGAAAAUAAACUGUUAUGGUGAUAAUUUGGGGAAUAUGUGCACGCUUGUUCAGCCUUAAUGUGACUUGAAGAUGUGGAGGACAUCAACUUUAAAAAACUUUCCAUGAGAGUGUGUAUUUUCUUGAGCAAACUGAAGAAUAUCUGGGAGCAAAAACGUAGUAAUUAUACAAUUUCAGUGCAGUCAACCAAACUGUUGAGUCAAUUGGAAUGUAAUUUAUUAAACCUCAUGUAUUUAAAGAGAUAUUUUUCUUUAAAAGCCAAGUUACUUUCUCAUAUACAGCAUUUUAGGAAGCAUGAUUUUUUUUUUCUGUCAUCUAUUCCUCCAAGCAUGUUUAAUUGAAGAAAGUAUUAAUAUCUCUUUAGAUAAGCUUGUAUUGACCUAAUUUGGUUUAUGAUGUGUCAGAGCUAAUUCAUGUUCAGGGUGAGCUGUUGUACCUACCAACAGAUUUCCUGGUUGGGUAUGCAAAUGGUUAUUUUCUUUUUAUUGUUGUUAAUUGGGACUUUUUGUUAAUGAAAUGCACUAUUCCCAAGAUAUAGUGUUCUAUGCACAAUGAAGCACCUAAAAACACUGCUUGAUGUUAUAAAUUUAAAACACAAGUGAAAGUUUAGCCAUGGUUUUGUGCGGCAUCAUAGUUAUGUCAAUAAAGUUUAUUUAGGUCUUAGAAUAUCCUAAAAUAUCACAUAGUUAAAUUUUUCAGUCAGUGAAGACCGGGAGGGAAUGUCAGUGAAUUGGCUUGAAUGUUCUGUGGCAAUCCACAGGUCUAGUCAAAUAUUGAAAUAGGAGUUUAGGGUAUAAUUUGCCUUGUGAUGUUUGGCAGUCACUGUUUAUACUUUAAAGGUUAUAUUUUAAGCUGUUUGGGAUUGCUGUUGGGAGGAUCACUAGAUUUAUGGAGGAAUUAGUCACAAAUGACUUGUAGAAAAUACUGUCAUAUAGUUCAUUUCAUCAUUUUCUGUUGCAGGAAGCCACUCCACCACAGAAUGCUAAUAUGCCAGUGGUACCCAGUACCUCUUGUAUAUAGGUUAUUGCAAAUAUUGUUCUGAAAUGCUUAACUUCAGAAUUACAUUUUUUAAAGUAAAUAAUUGUUUUAAAUCUAUUUUGUAAAGAUAUAAACUACAAUAGAAUUUCUGGAGUACAGAUUAAACUAUUUGCACUAACAUACGUGAUGUGCAUGAUUUAAUAAAAUAACUUUACUCUCCCUA